AUGAACAAUAACAUCAACAAUUAUUAGGUAAAUCAGAACGAUUAGCCAUAAUACCUAAACCUAUAGUCAUUUGAAACAUAAGAUGGAAAAACUUAGAAAAUUAAUCAAUUUUAAGGUAUUUAACUUAAUAUUUUCUUAGAUUAAGGUAUAUUUUAGGAUCUUUAAAUAAGAGUUGUAUUUUUAAAGAAUUUAUACAACAUUUUAUUUUUUGAGUUCCUUUAUAACUUGUUGAUGUUUGGAUUUGGAAUUUACACAAGAAUGGCAACUUGGCUACUCAAAUUUUAAGAUUUUUAUUGUUUUUAUGAUGAAGAAACAUAUGUAGAACACUGUUUUUUCGAUAUUGAGCCUUCAUGGUUAUUCUAUGUUUCUUUAUUUAUUUCAAUAAUAUUGUAAUUCAUACUAUACUUCAAAGGAGAUUUAGUAAGAAAUGUAAAAAUAAUAAAAGUAAACUAUAGGCUCCUGUAAAUUACAUAGUAUCUAUUUUUUAAAUAGUAUUUUUUGGAUUUACAUUUACAACCAUAAACAUAUUUUGGGCAUUGAAACUCUUACCAAUAGCUGUUUGGAUAACUUGGGGGAUUACUUAUCUAAUAAUAAUUUCAUUAAUCCUUUAUGCAUUUUUAUAAAAAAGAGAUAUUUCUUGGCAAGGUUAAAAUCAUUCCAUAUUUUAUAGUUGGUACCGUUGUAAUUCUUGGCAUAUCCCUACCUUUAAUAUUUAUUUGGAUGUUAACAUAUCAUUAUUACCCUUUAUGGGCUAAAUUUGUAUGUUUAAUAGUCAUUUUAAGUUAUGGAUUUUAUUUGGUAUUCGAAACAAGAUUAAUAUUGAGAAAAGAAGUAAAAAUUUUUUAAAUAUUUUAAGAGAUUUAAUUUGGAUACCAAUGAUUACUUGAUUGGAUCUUUGUUGCUUAAUGGUCUUAUGUUAUAACCAUUAGUAAGAAUAUUUGAAAUUUUAUUUAAUGCUUAUGGAAGAAGAAACAGGUGA